AAGUCAAAGCAAUUAAGAACUUCACAGCCAGCGGAUGGCAGAUGACCCUGCUCUGAUGCCAUUUCAGAUGUCCCAGUGAGAACUCCUAGAGAUGCCUAUUCUCUCCGGAGGCAGUGACCAAGACUAUAGUAACAUUAGCUACACUUCUUGUAAUUCCUUGGGCCACUUCUUUCCUGUCACUGUUGAAAUCCCUUCUGUCAAAGGGGUCUAUUACCGAAGAGCCAGGAGGAUUUACCACCCUGAUCAAGUCUCUGCAGUGGAUCUAAAAACAGAGAUCAUGAUAAAUGUCGGAGGCAUCAAGUACCUGCUACCUUGGAGCACUUUAGAUGAAUUUCCCUUGACCAGACUGAGCAAACUAAAGUUUUGCAGCAGCUAUGAAGAAAUAAUUCAGCUGUGCGACGAUUACGAUGAAGACACCCAUGAAUUCUUCUUCGACAGAAACCCCAACGCUUUUGGGAUGAUUGUCAGCUUUCUAGCAGCAGGGAAGCUGAUGCUCUUAAGAGACACAUGUGCCUUGUCUUUUCAGGAGGAGCUGAGAUACUGGGGGAUUGAGGAAUCCAACCUGGAGAACUGCUGCUUUCGAAAACUAUUUCAAAAACUGCAAGAGUUGGCUGAGGUACGCAAAGAAGAGGAGCUCCGGAGGACCGAAGACACUACAUGUGUCUUGGAUGAGAAAACCAAGUUUGGACAAUUUAUGAACAGACUCAGAGAUAUGGUGGAAAAUCCCCAGUCAGGAGUCCCAGGCAAAGUCUUUGCUUGUCUCUCCAUUCUCUUUGUGGCCACCACAGCUAUAAGCCUUUGUGUUAGCACUAUGCCAGACUUAAGAGCUGAAGAAGACAGGGGUGAGUGUUCCCAGAAGUGCUAUUACAUCUUCGUCAUAGAGACCAUCUGCGUGGCUUGGUUUUCCCUGGAGUUCUGCCUCCGAUUCAUCCAGGCAAGGAGCAAGUGUCAGUUCUUCAAAGGACCCCUAAACAUCAUUGACUUCUUGGCUAUUUCACCCUAUUACAUUUCCCUCAUCUUCUCAGAGGAUGACUCCAAUGAGGAGGACGACAGGCCAAGCAGCAACACCUAUUUGGAGAAGGUUAGUUUGGUGCUACGGGUUUUACGUGCCUUGAGGAUCUUGUACGUAAUGCGCCUUGCCCGACACUCCCUGGGCUUGCAGACUUUGGGCCUCACAGUUCGGAAAUGCACACGGGAAUUUGGGCUGCUCUUACUCUUCUUGUGCGUGGCUGUCACUCUGUUUUCUCCUUUGGUCUAUCUCGCCGAGAACGAAUCUGGGAAGGUGCUUGAAUUUACAAGCAUACCUGCUUCUUACUGGUGGGCUAUCAUUUCAAUGACCACGGUGGGGUAUGGAGAUAUGGUACCACGGAGCGUCCCAGGCCAGAUGGUGGCUCUGAGCAGCAUCCUCAGUGGGAUUCUCAUCAUGUCUUUUCCUGCAACGUCAAUAUUCCACACUUUCUCCCAUUCCUACUCAGAGCUGAGAAAAGAACAUGAACGACUCCAGUCUCGGCUAAACAGAGUGAAAAAUGCCAGUCACUCUGGUGAAAGUGACACCCUCAAUGAGACAGACAGCUUGAUCCUGGAGGACCAAGCAUCACCAAUCAAACACAUUUACAAAGGAAACUAAGCUUGGUUGCAAUACAUUCCCAAGAGCAGGAAUAGAAACAUACACAUCUGUAGGUCAACAUAAUACACAAAGCAAAGCAACAGUGUAGGUUAUGAUGCUAUUUUCUCUGCUAGCACAGGCAUAACAAGCAGUCAAGCCAACACAGCUGGCUCCAAAACAUAUAGAUGGAGCUGGAGGUUUGGAGAAUGUCAAAAGUCAGAGUUUAUUUAACAAUGAAUAUUAAUUCUCUCUAUGACUAAUAAGAAUACAAACUUUGUCUUUGCCAGUCUUGUAUCUUGCUGAAUACCUAAUACUGAAUGAAUAACAAACAAACCGGCUUCUGUUGGCACAAACACACUUGUUAUUUUAUUUGCCUUUGAGUUUCCAAUGUUGCAAUUAACAUCUUGAGCCAAGCAUUAGAAUGGAUUCUUUCAGGGCUACUCACCAGUGUACUUUAUACAACGCUCAUCCACCAGGCAUACAGAAGAAACCUCAAUAUAAAUCUGAAUUCUGUACCUGAAGCCACUAAUAAACUGAAAAUCAAAGCACUGUAUGUGAAAGCUGUCAAAGUUUGCCUGUAGCCAGAUGAUCAAUCUCUAAAUAACGAAUUGCACAGCUACUGUAUAAAUACAUAGUGUCUGCAAGAGAAUUUGCUUGAAAUGCAGUUACAUUUCAUA